AUAGUUGCUCAUGUUUAAAUAGGAAUCUUGGGUUGCAAAAGGUGUUGAAUCUGGUACCGUAUUUGAAGAUAUUGAUUUGACAGAAAAAGAAUGGGUUGAAUAUGAUGAGAAGUCUGGUGAACCCGUUGGCAUUAACAACAUCGAAGUUGAAUUUAGAAAAGAGAAAUAAAUAACUAAAAAAAAAAAAUGACACUAAAAAAAAACUUUUUUCUUCUUCCUUUGUUUCAUUAUGACUAAACUAAACGCUGUUCCUUUUCACCAAAAAGCCUAUUGGGAAUCUCGAUUCGAAAGAGAAAAACACUUUGAAUGGCUAUUGACAUGGGACGAUGUCAAACCCAUAAUAGAGCCUUUUAUACAAGAACAACAAGAUAUACUUCACCUCGGCUGUGGCAAUUCUGAACUUGCAUUUCAAAUAGUUGACUCUGGCUACACCAACACGAUUGUUAAUGUAGAUUAUGCAGAAAAUGUGAUAGAACACAUGAAGACAGUAACACAACAACGGGAAAAUCCUGCUUAUGCGGGUAUUUCUUGGAUCUCAGGCGAUUGUUUAAAUCACCUACAAUCUUGUCUACCUCAGCCUGAAUACGCUGUCUUGAUUGACAAAAGUCUAGUGGAUACAAUUGCCUGUGGUGAUGAUGAUCAUCAAACACGCGUCAAGACAUUAGCCAAAGAAAUGCUUUCUGUGGCCAAACCAGGCGCUGUUUGGUUCUCUAUCUCAUUUUCAGGCGAGCGUGAAUUCUUAAUAGAUGAUGCAAGCAAUGCUUAUUGGAAAACAGAAAGAAAACUUCCUGUUGAAGUGAACCAACCCAAUGAUAAGCCUGGUGCACCUGCUAUUUACUAUUAUGUUUACAUGAAUAAAAAAAUAGUCGUUUAUUAAACUAGCCAAAUGUUUGACUGAUUCUUCCUCCACGCUUUGCUCUACUAAGACGCCAUUCGUUUGGUUUUUCGUAUCUGUUAUAAAGAGGCUCCACCUUUUCUUGCUUUUUACGCUUGGAAAUCUUGUUGGCAUCUGCAAUACGGAAGAAAGUAGGGGCUGCUUCUGUUAACCACUUUGGAUCAAUGGCUGUUACUUCACGCAUAUAUUCUUUGGAUGUAAACACAAUUUCAUGGUAAAUCACCCUGA